AUGGCUUAUGACCGAUGUGCUGCUAUAUGUGAUCCACUAUGUUAUGCAAGCAUUAUGAGCAAACGAGUAUGCCGACAGCUGGUGGGUGGUGCAUGGACAAUGAGUUUUUUGUAUGCAUUGAUCAACACGCUGCUUCUGUUGAAUGUGAAUUUCUGUGGGCCCAAGGAAGUCAGCCACUUCAUCUGUGAGCUCCCUUAUUUGCUACCUUUGUCCUGUACUGAGACUUUGGCUAAUGAUGUGGUUCUCCUCACUUCUGUUGUGACAUUUGGACUAAUGUCCUUCCUUCCUAUUGUGAUCUCCUACAUUCACAUCAUCUCCACCAUCCUGAGGAUACACUCUAGUGAGGGCAGGCGGAAAGCCUUCUCCACCUGCAGCUCCCACCUUACCAUGGUGGGUUUGCUGUAUGUGGCAGCCCUUGUCCAGUACAUGAAUUUCAGUGCUACCUCCUCUGUACUUCUAGAUGAGCUAUUCUCUAUCCAGUACAGCAUUUUAACCCCCAUGUUAAACCCCAUCAUCUAUAGUCUGAAAAAUAUGAAAUUGCAAAAAGCUGUCAUGAAAAUACUUGUAAAGUUUAAGUUUCUCAAGUAUGGCACUAUACAUGAUCUUCACUAA